AUGGGACUGCGGCCGAAUGCACCCGCGCCUUCCUCAAGACCGCCGCCGCAGACUAUCUCGCAGCCCAAACCUCUGGCAAACCCUUUCACAUUUACCAACCAUGCGGGACCAAAUUUUACCUACCUCGAGAACAAUGUUGCGCUCAAUCCUAAUUCCACCAACAGCACCCUGGCCUAUCCCCUGAAAGUUGACUACAACUACAGCAUCUACGACACCGUCCGCUGCGCAACCUUCACCGAGAUCGUUGCUGCAAAAGAUCCACAUCGGUGCAUCAUCCACACGCGCAUCGAGUACGGACAAUAUGACGGGAAAGCACAUCUGCUUGAAGCUGUCGUCACCGAUCGUGGAGACUGGCUGUUUAACGCAACGACCGCUCUGCAGUACAUCACCGCCGAAUCCUGGGCCCCGAUCCCUAAGGAGAAGCAGGAAACCCGAGAAUACUUGCAGAAGAUUGGCGACCUAUACUUCGACCGCUUUGGCAACAAGUCAGUCGUGAUGCCGUGGGGCUUGCCUUGCUACAGGGUUGAGGGCGGGCUGUACGCGAACGGCACCAUGAACUAUACCACUGGCAUUUGCGAGCAGGCAAUGCCGAGCACCAUCAUCGUGCCUUACCAAAGGUACGUCGUGAACGAGGAGGUGGGCGUUUUGGAUGUCUUCGUAGGAUUUCCUGGACUCGAUAGGACGCAGGUGAAGGAUCCAAUGCCGGAUAGUCACUUGAUGAGAGUGGAGGAUCAUAAGAUCAAGUUUAUGCAUAUCGCGAGUGCGUGCGUGGUCCCUGGGUGUGGAGAGUUUGACCCUGAUGAUCCGUUCAAAGAUACUUGA